GAGACGAGUACUGUUCACGCGCUGAAAACGUACGCGAAGAAAGAUUUGAAGAAAAAUCACUCUAAGGACGUAAUGGGGGCUGUUUGAUAAAAACUGAGAGAAGUUUUUUGCAGAGAAUGCGGAGAGGAAGCAAAUGCAGGAAAGGAGCUGAUGACUAUGUAGGAAUUCCUGCCUGAAGUCAUGGGUUCGGAGGCAAUGGAGGAUUGUGUGCAGGGGGCGCUCUCAUCGCUUUAUCCUCCUUUUGAGAGCACGGCACCACCCCUCCUCUCCCAGGUCUUUUCAGUCCUGGAGUCGACGUAUCAACACGACAGUCUUCGGUACCUCCUGGACUACUUUGUUCCGGCCAAGCAUCUCCUGCACAAACUCCAGCAGCAUGCCUGUUCUCAGUACCUUGGCUGCUUGUUCCUUCACUCCGGCUGGCCUCUCUGUCUAGGUGAGAAAGUGGUUGUACAGCUCUCCACCCUGGACUGGAGGCUCCUGCGCAGUAAUGACUUCUAUCUGCAGGUGGUGCCCUUUUCUACACGUUGCCCCCGGCUGGCUCUAAAAUGUCUGGCCCCUGGGGGGCGCACUGUUCAAGAAAUCUUGGUACCGGAGUCACAGCACCCCCUUGUGUUCACCACUGAGUGGCUGCACAGCGUCAACAAAGAACGGGGCCACAAGAGAGAAGUUGGAGGAGGACUCGACACCUGCCUGGUUAGUACAUGUGAUGGUGUGGUUCGUCUUCCGUGGAAGGAGGUUGUCUACCCAAAAUUCAUCCACGACCCUUCUGAGGAGCUGGGCCUGAUGUCCAACGACGAGGGUCCCGUAUCCAACCGCCUGCCCAGUGAGGGAGGCAGCAGCCUCGGGGGCUGGGGUGGCUCAUCCUCUGGAGAACUGGACACCUGGUCCUGGGAUGAAGAAGAAGACGAUGGUUUACCACCAGAUGGCGUGGACUCUGAGCCUGUGCUUCCCCGGCGAAGGCGCAGUGAAGAUGGGCUUGGGAGGACAACGAGGCACCCUCAGCUGGACGGGGACUAUGUGGAGCUGUUGGAGCCCAGAGUGGGUCCUGAUGGAGGGGUUGACACGAGGCAGAGGUACCUGGAGAUGCAUGGAAUUUGUAAGACCAAGACUUUGCCUCUGUGCAGGAGAGGUAAAGCCAUCAAACUCCGGAAGGGGAAAGCUUGGGGAUAUGGGAGACUGGAAGGGUCAGGAAGCUUUCGAGCUGUCCUUGGUGCCAAAAGAGACGUAGUAACCCCAAAAGGUGACAUUUUACCACCUCGGCGUCCACCAGUAGCUACUGAACCUGGCAGAGGGAGACAGUCUUACUCCUCUUCUGUCCACGACUCUGAUGAAGGAGAUAAAACAAGCAGAAACUCUGAGGGCGUACAAAGCCACCGGCUUUAUUUUGAUGGCUCGUUCAAAGAGAGGAGACCCGGUGUUGGCAAGGAGAGAGAUUGCACUGGCCUCACACAGCCUUGUAGAGGCAACCACAGAUGUAAAGAGUCAGAGAGUAGCGACAGUGUGGUCACAAAUGAAAUCCGUAACAUGACGAACCAACAUGGUAUAGAGGGCCACUCAGAUCACGGAUCACAUUCAGACUCUGUUUUCGAGGAUACAGAUAAACCACUGAGCGGAGACAGUGAUGCCACCACCCCAACAUCAGACGCGCCAGAGAGACCAUUCACUGUAGUCGUAGAAAGUGGAGAGACUACCAAUAGUGGAUCUAAAAUAAAGAGUUCAUCCAACACAAAGGUGACAGAAGAAAGGGAUGAAGGGAAGACAGAGGACAGAGUGUGUCCUAGAGGAAAGGAAGUUAAAACUGCAGGAUUCAGAGCACCAAGGAGGAAAAGGAAGGGAAAGGGGGCCAAAGGGAGGGCCAGGUCUGGUGGCCGUGCACACCAGAAGGGAUCAAAACAGCAGGGUAAAGCUGCUCAACCAACUCCUACCACCUGCUUGGCUAUUACAAAGCUGCCAAUCACAGAGGAGAACCAAUCGGAGCAAAGAAAACAGGCAGACGAACCUGAUGGAGUGCCACCUUCAACUAAUGAUGGGACAGAGGAUACAAGGAAAAGCAAUGCAGAGACAGAAGCUGAAUCUUUGCCUGUCUGCAAUGGACAAUCAGGCACAUCUUUAUUUAACCACUCAAAUGAGGAGGCAGGGUCAGGAGAGAAAUGUCCUGACCAACUAAAUGGUGUUGCAUCCAAAGAGCCUCCCCUGCUGAGGGAACUGGACACAGAGCUUCUCCAGUCAGGAAAGCUGAAGUUGACAGGCACAGUGGACAGGUUGGGGCGUGCUCUGGUUGUCACAGAGACAGAUGCAACAGAAGAGAGUUUCUGUGAGGCGGAGAUGGCCAGGGUCCUGUCGUGCUACCACAGAAUCACUCGGCCUGCAGCCAAAGAAAAAGGUCUCACAGUGUUAAUGGACAGCAGACGCUCUCCACCCUCCGCUCUCAGCCUCUCUGCACUUAAACUUUUCCAGGUGUUGGUUCCUGGCGGUCUUGGAUCUGUUCUGGUUUUGGUGGAAGAGCAGCAGGAGUCCCUUUCUCAUAACCUGGAAGGAGCAGAGGUCCACAUAGUACGAGGAACCGGGGUACUUCAGCAAUAUGUAGACAAGCAACAGCUGCCCAAAGAGAUGGACGGAGACUUCACCCACUGUCACCCAGACUGGCUGGUUUUUAGACUAAGUCUAGAGAGUCUGACAGAGCGCUGUGAGAGUGCCCUCUCACUCCUAGGAGAAGCACUGCAGUCUAUGGACACUGAGCCAAUGCCAGACAACAUCAAGGCGGUUCCUCUGAGCAUCGACAAACACAGACAGCUCAUGGCGAGCGUCCUGGCCGACCAACGUUUGACUGAAUUACAGCAAAGGGGCGGGGCCUGGCUCGCAGGACUGACCAAUAGCGCAUCUGGACUGGCACAGAAGUCACCAGACUGCAGGGCUGCCCUUGCUGCUACAUCUAAACUCUAUGACAGCGUGGAUGACGCCCUCCAUCGGCUCGUCCGAGUGUCCAACCAGAGAGGUCGUGACCUGGAGGCUCUGGGACGACUAGUGGGGCUGGUUGACAAACUGGAAAAGUGUGAUAAGGAGAUUGAGCAAGUCCAAUCACAGCUGGAAGACUACAAGGACCCUCCUCUGUCCCUCAGCAGACUCUCACUCAAACAGCAGAAAUUCAAGACAUUCAAAGAAACAGCCAAUGAGCUGCACAGUGAGACUCUGUCAGUGCUCAGUGAGUUGGAGGGCUGGUGCGAGCUCGACUGGGCAGGCCUGAGCAAUGUCCAGAUCCGACUUCCUCCAGUCAGGGAGAAGCUGAGAGACAUGUCCCACUGUCUGUCUGACUGCUGGACCACCCUGGAUAACACGCAGAGGUUGCUGUCCACACUGACUGAGGCCACCCAGUGGUGUGAUGCAGUUUCCUCCACCUCGUCCUCCUCAUCCCCUUCCUCCUCUGUUUCCACCUGCCCUCUCGCCUCCCUCCCUCCGAUCCCCCCAUCCCGUUUCCAGGAUGCUCGUUCCUUAGCUAUAGAGCUGGGUGGCGGGGCGCUCCUGGAUCUCUGGACCCAGACAGUGGAGCGCUACCAGCGGACCGUAGCACAGGUUAAACCCCGGUUCCUCCAGUCUGACAGGGCCCAGAAUCAGGGCCAGGGGAAGCCAAAGACGCCCUCUGCCAGCAGCCUGUGGGACCUGAUGGGUCCUGAGGGAGAGGGCGACUGGGGACUGGGAGCUGGAGGAGGCGAAGGGGGGCUGCAGUCCUGGGGAUCCCUGGCAUCACUGUUCAGACCGCAGACCUGCUCCACACUGAAGAUAGGAGAGGAGAAAUGGAAUAAGAAAGAGGGAACAGGAGGAGGAAGUGGAGGAGGAGCAGGCGGAGCUGGAGGAGGGAAGUUCCUGCAGAACCUCCUGAAUCCUGCAAAGAAGAGUCCUACAGACGCCCCGCUCCCUCCCAAGCCCCCCAGGAAGCGCCACCCAAGCUUCGACCUACAGGCUCUUCUGGCUCCCCGCAGAGGCACGACCGCCCCUAAAGCCGAGUCCCCAGUGGGUGGACCGAACCGUAACUCCCCCAUGUCCUGGCUGGGGAGACGGGCGUUAGCUGAUCCAGUUAUUACCACUAGCAUGGCUGCAGCCAUCCCUGGAUGGGGCGGAGGAGGAGGAGGAGGAGGAGGAGGAGGAGGAGGAGGAGGAGGUGUGUUAAUUCGAGGAGUAGAGGUCAGCAGCAAGGAGGUGGUUGACCACACAGGGUCACCACGGCAACACGUGCUGCUCGGGAGGACUGAGAGGGAGACGGGGACAGAUAGGGCAGGUUCAACUGCACAGAGUAAGCUGUACCUGCUCUGGUGUAGGAUGUUGAGUUCAGAGAGGCAGUACGUGGCUGUCCUGAAAGGGGUAGAAGAGACAUACCUCCCCUUACUGGAACUCUCAGACACACCGGCCUCCAUCAAGGGGAAGGCAGACACCCUCUUCCCCAACUGGGCCAGCCUCAGCACCUUCCACUCGCAGAACCUACUCCCUGCUAUGGAGGGCGCUCUCGUGCAGAGCUUGCUGCAACAGGACUGCUUCAGCAAAUAUCGGGAGCAGUUUCUGCACUAUUCCCACUUCAUCAGGACUAAACCAGAACUGGACUCUCCACUGGUCACCCAGGCUGCUGACUUCUUUAAGUCCAAACUCCCCCAAGCCUCCCCCCUCUCCCCUUUGUCCUUCCCUCACUGUCUUCAGGCUCCCACUCAGAGAUUGGAGCAGUACUGCGAGGCCCUGGAGGAGCUGGGAGGGAUCAACCCCGCCUCUGACUCCGCCCUCUCCAUCUUGAGACACGCCCAGCGGCACGGGGAGGACCUCAGGGCCAGCGACCUUGUCGUCGGAUGUCCGAUCCCAGUGGCGGAGCGCGGCGAGCUGGUGCGGCAGGGCGAGCUGACAGUGUGCGGGGGAGCUCGGAGGAAGCGGGCGGGCGUGAGGAACGUUUUCCUUUACCAGCACGUCGUCAUCUUCACCAAACAAAAGAGCCCCGGCUUGGGACGCAUCACCUACAGCUACAAACACAGCAUCAAGACGGGUGAGAUGGGUCUGACUCAGAGCGUGGGUGAGGAGGGUAUGAAGUUUGAAGUUUGGGUCCGACAGGCCCCUCGAACCAGAGACUGCAUCACGCUGCAGGCGAAGGACAGGGAAGACAGGGUGGCCUGGACUCAUGACAUUGCCCACCUGCUGUGGACACACGCCAUCAACAACACAGAGUUGUGUCUGAAGGAGUCACUCUGCAUGGGAAUUUCCAGUAAGUUGCUGCUGGACGCGACAGGAACUCCAAGCUCAGAGCUGGACUCCAUCUACAGUCUUAAUGACAGAGUCCACAGUAGCUGCUCAGACUCCUCCUCUGUUGGCAGUCAGAAGGAGGGGGGAUCCCCGGCAUCUGGGAGGGACCCCAGGAGAAGCUCUGGAUCAACAAGUUACUCACAGAGUCAGUCUCCCUCUACAGCUGUGUAACUGCCAUCUCAAUAAGAAAACUGGAACCUGGACUUUUAAAGAUUUAAACAUCUCUAUUCCACCUCUGGGCAAGCUAAACUGGACUUCGAAGAGCAAGAAGACAAAAGAUCUGAAAAUCUGAACUUCUCCCACAUGCUUGCUCUCCUUCCCUUUGCACCCCUUCACCUCCUUAAAACAAACAAAAUGCCAGCAGAUUAGCCGAAGCAGCACUGCAGUGCAUUUUAAACCGCCCAGCUCUGAUAUGAACCCCUAAAGAAAAGCUUCCUUCAAAAAGGAUCAAAACUGCCCUGUUUAAACCAUGACAAGCACCAGCGGGGCUCUCUGCACUCCGCCAUUUUGGAUCUGCCAGUCUCAGUUGCUGGCAGAGUCAUUGACACCAAAGGCACUUCAGCCACACAGUGCGGCCAUUGUCUGCCCCACGGCUCCCCACUAGGCCAAACCACUUGGUCUGAACCACUGACUGCCUGGCUGGCUGACUGUACGCAUCACAUGCUCCAGCAACUGAUAAUAAACAGGAAGUGAUACACAGGGCGUAAAUCCACCGUAGAAUUGCAGAUUUAGAAUGUUUUAUGUUCUUUGUGAUUUUCAUAACGAUGAAUUGAGUACUGUAGGCUUUUUUUUCUCUCCUCCCUGUGUAAAAAUGUGUGGCAUAGGCUAGGUGUGAUUGCAUCUAUGUAAAUGAGGCAGGGGUGGUGUGAGCAUACACACACACACACAGUGUCCCUCAACACAUGCAGUCAUUCUUAUUGUUAUAAGACAGUGGAGCACUAUUCCCAUUCACGUGCUCACACACUCACUGAGGCCAUUUUAGAGCCUGGUACAGUUGCUAAAUCAACGACAGGACACAGACUGUAAGCGUUGCCUUGAUGAUGAACGGGGAUGUCUUACAGUAUCAUAUCCGACUGCUAUAUACAUUCUGUUACUGUGUUUGUUUAAGCUAAUUAUGUUGUAUUAACACAGUGGCAAGGUUUUAAGGGCGACCUGGUUUUUAGUCUUCUUGGUGCCUUAAAAAAGUUCUUCAGUGUACUGAUUAUGAUACAAGAAGUGCUGAUAAUGAAUUUAAUACUAUACCUUUUAAUAUAAGAUGCCAUAUUCCGUAUGCCAAAGGUAUAAAAUGGGUGUCUGUGCAAUGUUGAUUUGUGUACAAAAAUAUAUUGUUGUUGCAUUUAGACUAAGCUUUCCUGAUUGGAGUGUUUUCUCCAUAAAAUGGAGAAAGGUGGAUCUGUUCAGUGUGCUAUAUUCUGGUUUUACUGUUUUGGUGCUUGCGGCCAGAAGACAAGUGAUAUCUUCAAAGCCUAUUUCCUAAAAUGUUUGAGAUGUUGAAGUCGUGACGUCAGGGGACUGCUUUAUCUUAAAUCUUAAAGAAAUAGUUUGACAUUUUGGAAAAUGGAGUUAGAGGAGAAGGGCGAUACCACUGCAGCUGUUUAGCUUAGCUCAAAACCCCAUGUACCAGCACAUCUUAAGCUCAGUAAUUAACAUGCUGUCACUUUGCUUAAUCCGCAAUCACAAACCGUGGAGCAAAAAGGACAAGUUAUUGUUUAAUGGGCCAGAGUAUUUAUUGGCCGGGUAGAGCACCUUCCUGGACGCCAGUUAUGUGUAAAAGUAUUUUGUAUGGAUUAAAGAAAUUUUUGGAGUGGGUAGGCAGAUUUUGUAACCUUAAAACAGUGGUAGGCUAGCCGUAUCCCUCUGCAUCCAGUCUUUGUGCUAAGCAAAACUAAGCUAGCUUCAUAUUGACCAGUGGUAUCAAUCUUCUCAUCUAACACUCAAGCAAAUAAGCCUAUUUCCCAAAAUGUAGAACUUUCCCUUUAAGGUAGCAUAUCUCAAAAUUAAUGGAACAUGCAAUGAAAAUAACUUCCAGAACAGCAACUUAACCUCUCCAACUCUGCAAGACUCACAAGUGGCUCUAUUAAUAAUAACACUGGUGAAUUUUAUUCAAACUCUCAGAACAAAAAAAUAUAUGAGGAAAUUAAAUGAGUACUGAAUGUGUACAAAAGUAUAUAACCAUAUCUAGAACUUGUCAUUUUAUGUUACAAUGCAGCCAAAAAAGUUUCAUAUGAUGACAUAUACGUAGGUAAUAAGAGUAUGCACAGUCAAUAAAACAUCAUCCAUGUGUAUGACUAUCAAACCAUAACAUGCUUGAGGUACAAUAUGAAACCAGCAGGUAGCGAAAGCCAGCAGCAGCGGGAGGUUAAGCUCAUCUCUGCAGACAGUAGCAGCAGCUCGUCACCGUUAUCAGAUUUAGCACGUUUCAUAUCUGCAUUCCAAUUCAAAAAUCACAAAUGGCUAUUGAGCUGUUUUCUUAAUCAAUAUGUAAUUUGUUGGCUUGGAGAAGCCUUGUACACUCCAUAGCCUUUAGCUGUUUGGUACAUUGCGUUAUAUUGGAAGCAAUGUAAUGAACACCAUCUUUCAUUCUUACUGCAGUAUAGAUUGUCAUAUGCAGAAUUGUUCACUUUUGUAUGCCACGGCAGGGCAGUAUUAAUGUAUAGAAACUUUUUUCUUGCUCUUUUGCUAUGACACACUCUGCCUGAUGUUUACAUUUUUUGGGAAGGAAUGUGGAAUGUUCGAAAUGCAUGUUCUGCUUACUUGAUAAUUGUACUGUUUUAUACUUUUCUGUGUUGAAUUAAAACUGGAUGCAAGUUCAAA